CAAAAUGGCGCCGUCCUACAUGAGUAUGUGCCAUAGGGUCUCAGUGACUUUUCUGUGUGGAAUAAGAGCGACUGCGGUCACAGCAGACCUUUACAGUCCUAAACUGGCCGCUACGCAAGUAAGGUUAUGUUUAGUGAGGCAGUAUUCACCCUCCCAAGCGAGGCACGGCAUCGGCCGAAACAUCGUGUCAAGGCUGAAAUGGGCCAAUGAAAAGUACGAGAGAUUUCUCCAGCGGCGCUUUCCUCGUUUCUAUCUUCUGUACCAGACAUUUAUGAAAGGAUUUCGGCUACUCUUCCAGGAUGCCAAAGAAGUCCACAGAAUCAAAACCCGGAUGAUCGCUAAUAACAUUGAUUAUCAAAAGUUGCCUUAUCGUGAAAUGGAGAAGCUCAGGCAGGUUCGUAGAGAUGUGAUCAAAGCCAUUCCUCUGGUGAUCAUCUCAAUACCUCCAUUUGCCAACUACUUAGUCUUUGUUCUUAUGUACCUUUUUCCCCGCCAGCUCCUGAUUCGCCACUUCUGGACACAGCAGCAGCUGCUGGAGUUUCAGGCAGUAUACCACAUGCAGAGGGCACAGCACCACCGGGCCAUACUCGAUGGGCUGGAGAGGACAGUAUCGAGUGUCCAAGACCACCGGCUGCAGAGCCACCUCGUAAACCUCUGUAGGAAAGUCCAAGGCGGUGCUCACCCUGUUGUAUCUGAUGUUCAUGCUGUAAGGACCUUAUUCUCUGGCCCUCCACUAGGAAUCAGGAGGAUGUACGCAGAUCAAAUGAGACAUCUCUGUCCACUGCUCUUCCUGACGCCCCGCCUUCCUGCCUUCUGGAUUGGUCGGCGCCUGAAUAGCCACGCCUUAGAGCUCAUGCAGCUGGAUCGUGCCAUUGUCCGCCUGGGCCUCCACCAGCUGAACGAUAUGGAGCUCAGAGAGGCAUGUUACGUGCGAGGGCUGAAUGUAGAGCGUCUGAGCCUUGCUCAGUGCCGGGAAUGGCUUACCCAAUGGCUGCAGUUUUCAACAUACCUUAAAGAAUCAGAGACAUCCCUGUAUUUGCACAGUAUGGUGCUACUGACGGUAAACUACCCAAAGCCACCACGCAGCUGACCAGUCACCACUGACCAUUAGAGACUGUCAUCAAGAGUAACCACAAAACAACCCAAAAAGGGGCAGUGGAAGUGGAUAGCUGCUGUUAUCAGAGAGCUGUCAGGCCAAUAUCAAAAUUGAAUAGUGCAGCCCUUCAUGGUUUUGAGUUUAUCACAGUGUUGAGUGGAAAAUGAAAAAGUGCUCCAGUGUUGGUAGGAAGUGGCCCUAAUUUUGAUAUUUUUAGAUUAUUAGGGGGUGGGGCAGACUGUCCACUUUUAUUUAAUUGAGAACCGAGAUUAGAAAGAAGUGGAAAUGGUUUUGCAACAGGAAGAAAACACAAUUAGGCUACAGUAAAUAGAACAACUGGAUUCAUUCCACAUUUGAAAAGGAUGCUGGGCCUCUACAGCAAGAUAAAACACUGCAGCAUGUUCUGAUUACCUGUACUGAGAUUAUGGCUAUACAUCUAAUAGCUGAUGUAACUGUCUUGCUGGCCCUUUUGGUGACAUGUUUACACGUUUGGGUUAUUCCACCUAAUAUACCUCCAGCAUGAGGGAUCACUAACUUUCUGUAGCUUUAUGUUUUGACUUGUGCUAACUUCCUUUUUUUGUCACUUCCCUCCUGUGGUGAGUGUUGAAAACAGUAAAUUCAAAUCCUUUUGAUAGCUUACUGCUGGAGAGGCCAUGUUCAUCUGCACUGAGCACACAGGCUUGCAUUUCUAUAGUAUAUCUAUAUCUUCUUAUAUAUAUAUGAACAUGUCUAAAUGCAUGGUCAGAAUGCUGUUGGCCCCAAUAUAUGUAAAUAAGACAGAGAUGACUGUUUUGUCAUAAUAUAUACUCUACGGAACACAGGAAAGUUACUUGAGAGGAAAAAUAUUUGAAAGCCUUAGUCCUUACUGAAACACAUCUGAUUAUAAUGCUUUGAUGUGGAUUUAUUAACUGAAAUUCACGACAUAUUGGUUGAAGAGUGCCUUGGUGCAAAAAAGUUGCAAUGUCAGUGCUAAUAUAGACUCAUGUUGCCAAAUACCUCUGCUGUAUUUAAGGAUUAAUCCUGUGUUUUUCAACUUGAUCUCUGUUUUCCACAUCUGUAACAAAUGAUCAAUUACCAUGUACUUAGUAAAACAACAGAAAAGAGGCAGAUAUGUGCUUAAAAACAAUAUCAGCAUUUGACAGACGCUUAGAUUUGACCGAUAUUUCAAACCAGUAUUUGCGGAUUUGCUCAUGAAGAGCAGAAUGUUUAGGCGAUGCUGGACUACUGUGCUAAAAUAUCUCUAUUUUAUAUAUUUUACUGCAAUAGAUGUUCUACAGAAAUGUUAUAUUUCUCCAAACCGAUAAUCCAAGUGGAUUUAGUGCCAAUUUAUACAGUUCCUAAAUGUUGAUGUAUUGCUAUUAGCAGACAUACAUAAAAGAUAUUGAAUGUUGUCUUACAAUUCCUUUAUCUGUGUACUCCCUAAAGUGAGUGGGUAGGUGCUUUGUGUACUAUUAUAAUAUUAUUAUAAUAUUAUUAUUAUAAUAGCAUUUUGGGUCAAUGGAUUUUCUGUUCUUUUCUAAGUACAGGGAAAUUAUUGUAUAUGGUAAUGAACCAUGUGCUACAGAUGCAGCAGAUGGAGAUAAGGUUGAAAAACACUGGAGUAUUCCAGUGUUGUAUUACUCUUUUCACCUCUACAAUUCACUGUGUUUUAUUUUCCCCACUGAAGUCAACAUGCAGUUACAGUAUGUGGAGUAACUGGAAAGAUCUCUCCAGUAAGAUGAGAAAUAAACUGCCAUUACAUUAUGGCCUGUUCACUGUCUUCACUUUGAAAAAAAGGUAUGGAAAUGUAAUACUAUGAAAACAGCCAGGUCUAGACAAUACAGUCUUGUUUUUAAUGAAAGGAAUGAGAGGGACAUCUGAAGUGUCUGUGUGGAAACAACACUAGAAGAAAAUGGAUGCUUUGAUGUUGGGAGAAAACCACAGAAGUUUAUUUCUAUUUCCAAAAUAUGUUAAGCAUUUGAACAUUUGAACCACCUGUAAUGUUGAGAAUAAAACUGUGCUUUUUCAGCUAUUCAUUUAUGAGAGGCCUGGGAGUUUAGAUUGAAGUAUAAAAGUCAUAAUCAGCUCUCUAAAAGAAGAUGUUUACAAAGGGAACUAAACAA